AAUGGCCAGCAAGUAUUCAACAAACCCUUUAAACCCUUUCUCAUAAAGAGAGACGCUUUGCUACACAUACAGAAACCUGAAACCGAGGGAAGGAGGAAAACAGAGUUCAGCAGUUCCUUCAUAUCAUCACAAAUCACAAUCACCAUCACCAUCACAUUGAUUGAUAAUGGAGGAAAGUGAAGGAUUGCAGCUACACCUGCAACUACACAAACUCUCAUGCAUUGAAUCUGAACAAACACUGGACCACAUCCUCAACACCCUCUGGACCACCAGAAAAACCGGUCUCCGCCCACCGGAGAAGUCACGUUUCCAAUCCCUCCUCCACCUUGCUUCUCUCUCCGAACUCGACCCAGUGCUGGUGUGCCUUCGGUGGCUUAUCAGAAAAUUCGUUUAUCAAAACUUGACUGGUGAUGAACUUGUGAAGCUGUUUCCUCCUGAUCUUCCACUUCACCUGCAAACCAUUCUCUUGCUUUGCUUCCAGAAAAAUGGACAGUGCUGGAGGGAUGAUGUCUCUGCACAACAGGAUUUGUUACCAGCGACAGGGGUUUCCAGUGAGGUCAGAACAGAUAUUGCGCCAUCUUUACCUUCACUGCCAUCUCCAGUGAUGUCAACACCUCUCUGGCCACGCCAAGACCCUGAUUCUCUUGCCCAGAUGAAUCAAAGUGAUUUUGGAAUAUCAACACCGCUUGUUGCUGAUUGUAAUGUGUCAGGGCUGCCUGCAUGCUUCCAGUGUGAUGUUGCUCCUUUUGAGAACUCGGAAAACCUUCCUUUUCUCAAAUCAAUGACUUGGACCAUGGAGAAUCGCGGCUCAUCCCCUGCAGAUAGAGUGGCUAUUAUCACUCUUAAGCUGCAUGAUCGUAGCAAGUCUUCAUUAGGCGAAACAGAGGUUAAGUUUCAGAUUACAAGGGAUACUCUUGAGGCCAUGCUGACAUCCAUGACAUACAUCAGUGAACAACUAAGUGCUCUUAUGAUGAUAUCGGAUAAGAGAAAGGAAAAGCAGAGGACUCCAUUAAAUUAUGCAUGGCAAUUUGCUAUUAACAAAUGAAGAUGCUGGGUUGGGACUUCUUCUGGGCCAGCCAACAAGAAACAAAAGCAGUAGUUUGUUUUCCUGUAAUUAAUGCUGUAGUUCAUAAGUUUUGAUACUUGGUCAUAUGAAGAUAAUAUUUCAUCCUUUUGUACAAUGAAACUGAGAAUUAGAGCUAGUAACAACUAACAAGAAAGAGAACUCAGGUGUACGCUGUAAUGACAUUUGCUUUAGGAAUAUACAUUACAUGUUAGAACUGAUUUUACUCAAAGUAUUUGUGAUUC